AAUAAUUCGAAUCGUAUGUUUUAGGUUAUAAUAUAAAUUAUGUUUUUAAUAACUACAAAUAAAAGAUUUAAAAGUUUUAACGCCCUGAAAAAAAUUAUUCAGAAUAAUAGACAAUACAGUGAGAAUCUGAAGGUACCCGAAGUUAAUAUUGCAUUUUCAAAUGGGCGCAACUUAAAUAUAUCUACAGGACAGUAUGCUAGAUUGGCUGAUGGAUGCGCUGUAGCUACCUUAGGAGAUACCUCUGUAAUGGUUACAGUUGUAUCAAAAACUAAACCCUCAUCUAGUACGUUUUUACCUUUGGUUGUAGAUUACAGACAAAAAUCUGCUGCUGCAGGGCGAAUUCCUACAAAUUUUUUUCGUAGAGAAUUGGGUCCCACAGAAAAGGAAAUUUUAACUUCUCGACUUAUUGAUAGAAGUUUGCGGCCUUUAUUUCCAGAAAAUUUUAAUUAUGAAACACAGAUUAUCUGCAAUAUGUUGGCCUUAGAUGGCAUUAAUAAUCCAGAUGUGAUAUCAAUCAAUGCGGCAUCUGCAGCAGUAUCACUCAGUGAUGUACCUUGGAAUGGUCCUAUCGGUGCUGUGCGAGUUGGACUCAUUGAUAAUGAAGUGGUAAUUAAUCCUACAAGAAAAGAAUUGCAAAUGUCUAUUUUGAAUCUAAUAAUAUCGGCUACAAAGAGAAAUCUAGUUGUUAUGUUAGAGGGAAAUGCAGAUAAUAUUUUACAGCAAGAUUUGCUGAAGGCAAUAAAGUCAGGAACUAAAGAAGUUCAAAAUAUUGUUAAUGAUAUUGAGACAUUACAGAAAUCAUAUGGAAAGAAAAAAAGGGAGUUGGAAAGUCCUGCGGAAUUAUCAGAAGAAAUUCUUGAAGCAUUACGUUCGCUUACAGAAAUGCGUGUUAGAGAAAUAUUUAAAAAUUAUAGUUAUGAUAAACUAGGUAGGGACAAUGCUUUAUCGGAAGUUAGAACAGAUGUGUUAGAGAAAAUCAGAGUUAGUUUUCCAGAUGUAGAUUUGGGUAUGAUUUUAGAAGCUUAUAAUAAAAUAGUGAAAAAGAUGUUUCGUAAUUUAGUGUUUGAAGAAGAAAAGAGGUGUGACGGUCGUGAAUUUGAUCAGUUAAGGGAUAUUUCCUGCAAAGUAAAUUUAUAUAAACCGUUACAUGGGUCAGCUAUGUUUCAAAGGGGACAGACACAGGUGUUUUGCACAGUUACAUUGGAUUCACAUGAAAGUGCUCUGAGAUUAGAUCCUUUAAGUAUACUAACAAGUGGAGUCAAAGAAAAGAAUUUUUUCUUGCAUUACGAAUUCCCACCUUUUGCGACAAAGGAAACUGGAAGAGUGGGUCCAAUUGGACGCAGAGAAAUGGGACAUGGCGCUUUAGCCGAAAAGGGUCUAGCACCAGUUAUUCCAAAUGAAUUUCCGUUUACAAUAAGACUGACAUCAGAAGUAUUGGAAUCAAAUGGAUCUAGUUCAAUGGCUAGUGUUUGUGGUGGCAGUUUAGCCUUAAUGGAUGCUGGUGUGCCUAUCACUGCUCCUGCAGCUGGCGUUGCUAUUGGUUUAAUAACAUGUUACGAUGAAGCAAAGAAAAACAUACAAGAUUACCGUUUGCUCACAGAUUUAUUGGGAAUUGAAGAUUAUAUGGGAGAUAUGGACUUUAAAAUAGCAGGAACUAAAAAGGGAGUUACAGCUUUACAGGCAGAUAUUAAGAUUCCCGGUUUGCCUUUGAAGAUAGUUAUGGAAGCUAUACAAAAAGCAGCUGAUGCAAAGUCUAGGAUAGUGGGCAUUAUGAAUGAAAGUAUCGAUAAGCCUAGGACCGAAAGAAAGGAAAAUUGGCCAGUCUGCGAGAAAUUAGAAAUUGAACCACAUAAGAGAGCUAGACUGUUGGGUAUAGGUGGCAGUAAUUUAAAAAAAUUGUUUGCUGAAACAGGUGUUCUGGUCUCACCUGUAGAUGACACAACUUUCCAAGUUUUUGCUCCAAGUCAGCAUGCUAUGGAUGAAGCUCAAGAGAUUAUCAACAAAUUGUUGACUACUGAGAGAACUCCAGAUUUAGAGUUUGGAGGUAUUUAUAAAGCUACCGUCGUUGAAGUUCGAGACAUUGGCGUUAUGGUAACAUUGUAUCCUGGAAUGCCACCUGCAUUGUUGCAUAACUCACAGCUUGACCAAAGAAAGAUUGCUCAUCCUUCAGCUUUAGGACUGGAAGUCGGUCAGGAGCUGCAAGUAAAGUAUUUUGGGAGGGAUCCUGUAUCAGGUUUGAUGAGACUUUCUAGAAAAGUAUUACAAAGUACUGUGAAUAAAGUUUAUUCAUAACAAAUGCAAUUGAAAGUGUAAGAAAUUAUUUAUUACACAAUCAAUGUUUUGGUGUUACAAUGUGUUGCAUUGAUGCGGCUAAUUUGUACAUCUAUAGACUUUUUGUACAUAAGUACUUUUAUUUUGUAAUAAUAAAAAAAUA